AUAUUGACAGUAGAUGUGUCAACAACACAUCCAAUAAUUCAUAUGUAUGUGAAAUGCCACAAUGUUUGUAUGAGUUUUAAAAUUUUAAUAAAGAAUAAACUUUUUCAAAAUAUAAUAAUUUAAUUGUUCAAAUAAUACGACGUUUCUAAUGCACAUAAAUCUAUGUGCAUUGUAGACAUGAUUUAACAAUUAUUAAUAUAUAUAUAUAUAUAUAUAUAUAAUGAAAAUUUUUGUUCCAUAACCUAACAGCAAAAUAACGAAAAAUUUGCAAAUGCACAUUAAAAAAGUUGGGAAAUUGUACACUAAAAGACCAUGUUAAGAAGAGAACCCUUAAUAGUGUGUGAGAGUUUUGAGCCAUGAAAACCGUAUUCCUUGAAGACAUUGUCUCACUUAGGAAAAGAAACGAUUUAGCUAAACAACAAUGAGUUUUGAGCGUUUGUAAUGUCAAUGAACUCCUCACACCUUGACAAUUCCACGUGAAUACAUUCAUUUAUCAGUUUGGGGCCACUCGGGGUUGGCUUCCUCCACCCUUAUCUUUUGUGCAUUUUUUUGGUACUGAUUCCACCACGCCUUCUUCCGACUCCUAGAUACAUAUUUCCACAUUUCUUCGAGUAUAGACAAUAGGAGAUCCCGAGGAUUCUACCAGGAUGGCCUUGCCUUUUGACUUCCCAUUUUCGACCGGUCCAAUCGGAGAGCAUGAUACUGCAGAUUCUGAAAAUAGUAAGUGGGCCUCGAGAUUUAGAAAUCCCAUUUCUCCUUGAUAGCCGAACGGGUUAGUUUCAUUCAAAUCUUCAAAUAAAAAAUCUGGAUUUUCAUCCUAAAAUAAAUUACCUAACCCAAAGGAUUGGGUUGGCCUCCUGCACUUACAAUGGGAUUGGAUUUUCCAUAAUUAGAUGAGUGCUUCCUUGCCCAUUAAUAUUUUCGGAAUUGGGCUCCCUUUUAGGCCCGUUGGUGACUGACUUUCUUGUCUUCUGAUGGCUUGAGCAGGCCCUUCUACUCGGCCCAGGUAGUAAUUCAACAGCUGCCCUUUUCAGCCCAAUCAGACUGCUCCCUUAAUAAAAAAAUAAAAUGCAGUAGAGCAGGACCCGUGUCCAAACUCCCGAUAAAGCCCUCACAUUAUUGUUGGUAUUUUCCAAUUUGCCACUCCUUAUGUCGUUCCAAUUUUUUGCCCCAGCAAAGCACAAUUGUUGGGUUUCCUUCCUAUGUUGUUCUUCCUUCCUCGCCCAGACGCUCACAGCGACACCGCAGUCCCUCAACACUUCUCCGUCACCGAACCAGAUUCCAUCCCUGUUAUCUCUUUCAGCAACCCAUUGCCAAUCUUUUUAUCCUUACCAAAUUAGCUACCUCAGAUUCAACCGCCUCACCAAAUUUCUUAGGGCAAUUGAUCGACCAGGUCAGUCGACCUAGAAGAUUACAUUUACAACAUGCAUAGUUGAUGCAAUGUUCCAUAGAGAUGCAGGCGAAAGAAGUCCAUCGUCGUCUCGGUCCCCACCUCUUCAAAUCGCAGCGCCGUCGUGCCCGGAUGGUCUGCGGAACGGCCGUCCAAACUUUCAUCGCGUUCCUGCCUGGCGAGGUACGGAGGCUGGAGGCCAUCACCGACGUCGGGAAGGCUUUCCUCAUGCAAGGCAGUGAUUGUGCGGAGACCUUCACUCUUAUUCCGUAGAUGGCCAUGGUUCUCACUGUUGGUGCUCAAAUACCCAUCCCAUCAUCAAGGUUAAAACCGAAAAGUCUGAAACCUCUAAUUUCUUUGAUUCAGUUCCAGUUUCGGUUCAAUUUUUAAAAACCCCCCCUUUUUUGUAUUAGGUUGGGAGUAUGGCUGAGCAGUUCGUGAAACCUAAGUCGGAUUCAUUUCAGAACAACGAUGGGGUGAAGCUGGCGAGUUACAGAGUAGAUAACAUCAAUGCCGAUGCCGUUGAUGAGAAAUGUAGAAUUCUUCAUCCGAAGAGCCUUAUCAGAGCUUACCUUCAGUUCGUUGCCACUUUCACUCUGCUCUGAGCUAUUGUCACCGGUGGACAUGCUACUUUGAGAUUGAGAGGCUCUGUCUGUUGUGGGAGGGACCACAUUCGCGGCAAUGGCGAUAGAGCUAAGAUUGAGAAACAUGGUUAAGUUGGAGAGAGAAGAGAAGAAUGGUUCGUGUCAAUGUUAGCAACUGCGACAAACUGCCAAAAUGUAGCACCUGGGGUUCAUUUUCAGUUCAUGGAGGAUUCUGGCCGAGGUUAGGAGAAUCUUGCUGUUGGAACUGGUCAGUGGAGCUCUUGGAGAAGUGGCUACGGUUAGCAAAAUCUAGCUGAAUCAAUGCAAGUGAUUGUUAGUGGUUAGAGGCUAUGCCGAGUCCGAUUCAGCCGGAGAGAUUAGGUGUGACCGAUUGGAAUUCGAGAUUUCCAAGUCUAAAUAUUUGCCAAAUGAAUUGGAAUCAACAACAGGAACUAUUAGAUCAGUGUGGAAAACAGAAUGAAUUCUGGUAAAACCGACGAGGAAGGAGGACGCAUAGAGGAACGGGAACAAGUGGCGGAUUCCCGCAGCAAAAGUUGCAGAAGAUGGGUUAUCAGAACCAACAAGAAGAUGGUUGCAAUCCUAGAAGGAUUCAGUAAACCAAGUUCUCAAAGCAGCAAUGGUUUUAUCAGAAAUGGAUGUACCUAAGAAUUACAUUGAAUCGCUUCCCAAGGUAUAAAUGACGUCCAAGUACCUUUCCUCCUUGAACUGAAACUUGCCAUCCAUAAUAUUUACCUUUUACUUUUCUUCGUUGUUGUUUUGUUUUGUUGGAAAUGGAAUGGAAGAUCAAGCCUCGGAGACUCGAUAUACAAAUCCAUCGCUGAUGAAUACUUUGAUCCCACUCAGUUCCUGUCAACCAUGGAUCUAACAAACGAGCACAAAGUUCUGGAGCUGAAGAACAGGAUUGAGAACAACAAGGUAAGCACCAGACAACAAAAUGUUAUUUCUGCAUCCAGCCGGGGGCAAUGAUAAGAUCCAUCCAAUCAAUCAAUCAAUCAAUCAGAGAUUUGGGUCAAUCCGAAUCUAGCUAAACAAUCAAUUCGACUGGAGAGCUAUUCAAGAAAGAUCCAAUUUUUACAGUGGCCCGGCCCGACUCAUCUUGUUAUUAUCUUAAUUCUUUAUGGGAAGCAUUAUAAUUAAUUAAAGAAUGACCUAAACAAACAGCAAGUCUCUAUGGACGCGGAUUAGAGUAGGAGACAAAUGAGUCAACUCGGAAUCUUCCUUUUAUUGUAUGUGCUUUUGACAAAGCUGCCGGCCUGGGUUCCUCUUCAUUUCCACCGCUUCUUCCUUUCCUGAGAUCAUAAACAACAGCUUCGCAGUUUCAAUUAUCAGUUAUUUGUUAGAGUCCCCUCCCAGCUUCGACGAUGUAUACAGGGUUAUGGGAGUACGACGUCUUCCUAUGUUUCAGGGGGGACGACUCCCGCACUGGCUUUACCAGCCACCUUGUGCAGGCUCUGCGCGACAAGCGUAUCAAAACCUUCAUCGAUACCAUGCUCCCAAAAACGGAGAGCAUCGACGAGCUGCUCUGCUUCCUCCAAAGAUCCGCGGUUUCCGUGGUGGUUUUCUCAGAGAGGUUCGCCGACUCAACCUGGUGCCUGGACGAGAUUGUCACCAUAGUCCGAAGAAUGAAGGGUGACCACCGCCACAGGGUGCUGCCCGUUUUCUACGGAGUCGAACCGUCCGAUGUGACGGACGACUCUGGCAGUUAUUCUGCGCUUAUUGAUGCACUACUUGAAGCUAACCCCGGGGCUGGAAACAAGGAGGUAUGGAUGGAUGCUUUGAAGGAAGUGGCUAACCGUGCUGGCCACACGUCAGGCGAGAAAAAGAUCAAAUCUGAAUCAAGCAAGGCGGAUGGGGGAAAUGUCGUGAAGGAACUGAAACCAUCAAGCGAGUCAUUUACCCACGAAGCAAACCGUAUCCUAGCAAGAACUGGAAGCUUCGUUUUUUAUAAGAUCGAAUCUGAAUUGGUUAGCGCCGUUGUGGAUGAUGUUUCGAAGACACUCAUAGACAUGUCACCAAGUAUAGUCUACAAUAAGUUGGUUGAUAUGGGUUCUCGCAUCUUGGAAGUGGAGCGACUGCUAGCCAUGGAUGAUGUUACCAAGCAUACUUGCAUUAUCGGGCUCUGGGGGAUGGGCGGCUCUGGGAAAACCACUCUGGCUGAAGCCUGCUAUCAGAGACAAACAUCAUCCCCAACAUCAACAAAAGGACCAUUCUUCAAGCAUCAUUUCAUCCGGAACAUUAGUGAGAAGUGUGAAGCACAACGUGGGGUUGAUGGACUUAUACUGGAACUCUAUUCACAACUCUUAUCUGAAGAGAAUUUAACUCGUGAAAAUUUGAAUAAUGUGGCUCUAAGGCGACGUCUUUCCAACUUAAGGGUGCUUCUACUUCUCGACAAUGUGGGGAGUAUGUGGCAGUUAGAUCAGUUGCUCUUGGGAUCCAUUUUCUCCAAUGAUGUCACUAAACUCUUUGCCCCAGGGAGCAGAAUUAUCGUGACAGCUAGGGAUAAGAAAGUGAUUCAGCACGGACAAGUUGUGACGAUACAUCCGGUUGAGUGUUUGCAAGAUGGUGAAUCGCUGCAAGUCUUCAGCUUGUUUGCAUUCGGAGAAAGUGCCCCUCCUGAUGUGUGGAUGGAUCUGUCGCGUAAAGCUUUAUCGUACUGCAGUGGGAACCCUUUAGCACUAAGAGUAUUGGGAGGUAUAUUGAACGGUGAGGAUCGACGCUAUUGGCAGAGCUUUCUGGAGAGUUUGACAUUGGGAAGAACAGGGGUGCCUGAAAUUCAUGACAUUCUGAGGAAAAGCUAUGACAAGUUAAAUGACAAGCAGCAGCCACUAUUUCUGGAUGUUGCUUGCUUCCUCCAUGGGAUGUUGAGGUCUAAACUUUUAAAAUUCACGAAAACUAGUUGCUACGAUGCCUAUAGUGAUGUACAGGAUCUAAUCAAUAAGUCACUGCUGGUUUGUGCCAAUGGCAAGGAUGGCGAGAUGAUUGAGGUGCAUGAUUUGCUCAAAUACAUGGCUUGGCAAAUUGUUAACAAGGAACGGGAUCUUAGAAAGUGCAGCAGGCUGGAGAAUCCUGAAGACAUCACCGAACUACUGCAGACUCUUAAGGGAACUGAUAGAGCAACUGAAGCCAUAAAUCUGAACCUUUCCAAAAUCAAAGACAUGAAUUUGGAAGCCAAUGCCUUUCAAGGGAUGAAUUCACUUAAAUGGUUAAAAUUCUACUGGUCCCACGUAAGGCUUGGGCGUUGCAAACUCCAUAUACCGGUUGGCCGCAUCGACUUUCUCACCACCAAGUUAAGGGGACUACAAUGGGAUAUCUACCCUUUGAGAUCUUUACCAUCGGGAUUUUCUCCAGAAAACCUUCGUAUACUUGCUCUGCGCGAUAGUCAUAUAGUGAAAUGUUGGGAAGGAGAAGGAGAAACUCAGGCUGCUAAGCUUGUGAACCUGGUGGAGCUAGACCUUUACGGCUGUCGUUAUCUCACUGCCCUCCCAGACCUAUCCAAGUCUACACAUCUUGAGGUGCUCAUACUCCGUGAUUGCAGAAGCCUAGUUGAGCUACCUUCGUGCGUCGGAUAUCUCGACAAGCUAGUGAGGUUGGAUGUCGAAGAUUGUUCCAAUUUAGAGCGCAUUCCAACCAAAUUUAAGUCUAAGCACCUCAAGUAUGUUUUAAUGUCCAAAUGUUUCAAGGUCACCCGUUGUCCGGAUAUUAAUUCAAAGGAGCUGGAGGUUUUGGAUUUAGAUAGGACGCCUAUCAGUGCAGCACCGCCGGCUUCAAUCUACAACAAGAUGAAGCAGGGUGGCAUCCUAAGUCUCCAUUGCCGAAAGAUCACAAGUUUCCCUCAACUUCCGGAAAGGUUAGAGAAGUUCAGCCUUUCCAACACGUCGGUAACAGAGAUCAAACUUGGAGAUCAACAUCAUUCUGACUCGGCUUUAAAUGGGCCAAGGUUCGGACAGCUAUGGUUGGUUAAUAACUCCAAACUCGAGAGCCUGCCCCUUAACAUCUGGAAGAUGGUGUCUAGAGAAGUUGUUGUUGACUGCAGCCCAUUGAUUGAAACAUUGCCGGAAAUCUUAGAGGCAGAGGGCAUGGAGGGCUUUACCUGGCUUGCUGUGACUAGAUGCAAGCUUCUCAAGCAUGUUCCAUCAAGCAUCAACAAUAUGAAAUUCCUGCAGGUUCUCAAUUUCUCUGGCACGGCUAUUGAGACCUUGCCGGACUGUAUUCAGGAUCUAAGCGAGUUGUUGACGCUAGAACUGAGCAACUGCUCAAGACUUGAGUCCAUCCCGGACAUCCUUCACAAACUUGCCAAGCUAUCAGUAUUGAUUGUGACGGAUUGCAAGAAGCUUACACUUUUACCACGACUUCCACCAUGCCUCAAGCUUUUGUCUGCGAGAUUUUGCAAGUCCUUACAAGCUCUGCCAAGCGACAUAGGCGGGCUGAGUUGCCCGGAAAUGUGGUUUGAUUGUUGCUCGCAGUUGGACCGGGCUUUGCUUGGCGACAUGGUAUCAGGCUUUCUGCAACAGGCCAUGCCUCUGCAUUCUCAGGGUUCUCGUUUGUAUCCAGGGACUGAACUUCCGGAAUGGUUUCAUUACCAAAGCGAGGAAGGUAUGGCCUUUGUAACGGUGACCUUGCCUGCUGCAAGUGCAAUCUGUGAGCAAAAGAUGAAGGAAAUCGCAUUUGGUGUCGUGACUACUUCACAACCCCGCGGGUUUAUGCAGAUGAUGACAUGCGGCUGCUACAUUCUUAAUGGUUCUAUGGAUGGAAGCCGCCCCAGCAGCAGCGUUGGUGCCCUUUUUGCAUCUUGGAGUUCUUCUCUACUGGUUGCCUUUGACAAUGAAAACUUGAGUCAUGUUCAUCUGUGGUUUGGAAACAAGUUACGCCCUCGCUGCACCACGAACGAAGAUCAAGAAGAGGAGGAAGAAGAAGCCUGGUAUGUGAAAUAUGCCGGGGAGACUGUUCUGUUCUACUUCUUCCAUCAGGGGGGCGAGGAGUUGAAAAUCAAGAAAUGUGGCGUUUCUUUACUCUACAGCUCUACUGAUUGCAGUCCGAUAGUUUUGGGUGUGUAAUUUGUCUACAUGUUUGGUCGUUCGAAUUCGAAGAAUGACGAAUCGUGAUUAAUUUUGAAGUGUGUAAAUCAAAUGAAAUAUUGGCGAUGAAUUGGUUUUUAAUUUUGGGCAACGGUUUCCUCUACUAAUUGUGUUUUCAGAUUGGAGACUUUCUAGAGAAUGUAAUUCUAACCUGCGAGAUCCUUCCUGAUGGUGCUGACUGCAUGGAAAAUGAUUAGUCAGGAAGCAUUGCCGAUGAAACUGGUUGCAAGCUAAAUGAGGUUAUUAACAUUGUUGGGCAGUUAGAGGAUGGGUUGUUAAUAUUGGCAAGAGAAUGGAUGAUUCCUUGCUUAAAGAGACUGGAUCUGAAAGUCGUAGUGACCGCACGGAAGAUUCAGUUAUUGACACUAGCUCGACCAGUAAGAACUUGCAUUCUGGCAGUCUGAAAAUGACAGUGCACAAAGUGGCAGUGGCGAAGAUGAUGAUCUCUGGGAACAUAUGGAAUGAGAUGGCCAUAGCAUCGAAAUUCACUUGGGUAUUUUACGUUUUAUACAUUUCUCCUGUUUAUUACGAUAUAAAUAUGUAACUACCUGCUAAACCUUAUCGAGAUUGGUAUUUGAAGUUUUGUCUCCUACUAUGUUGCUACCUGCUAAACCCGUAGUUAUACAUGGUUGUUACUUGCUUCAAACUUGAUAAACACUAGGGACUAGGGAGUCGUUUGCUUCUUUGAUUUGAAAAUUGAGGGUUUUGGCCAACAAAAACCUUGGUGGAUUUGAAAAUUGAGGGUUUUGGCCAACAAAAAUCUUGGGAUUUAUGUUGGAUUUAUUAGAUUAUGGAUUUGAAGAGUCUAAUGUUUGCAUGAUAGAUUUGAUGAUGGAUUUGUUAAAUAAAUAACUAACCAUCAAGGAUUUGCAAAUCCCAAAUCAAUAUGUGGGAUUUACAAGUCCGUGGGGUCUACGGACUUCGUUCCAAAAUAAAAACCAAAUCCGUGGACACUUACGGGCAAAGAUUGUCUGCUUUACUUCAAUGCUUGGGUUAUCUUCUUCACUUAGUUGCUUCUUGCUUUUGCAGGCAUUCCCUCCUUGUUGUGUUCUUUUAUCUUCUUUAUGCAAAAGAAAUGCGGAGGCUUAGCUGAUAAUAUGGAGAAGCUUGGCAAAUAGGUGUGUGUACAGAAACUGAAUUCAUUUGUCAAAUAUGCCAACCCAUUUCUACACUUGGUUGGCUGCUUUAAGACAUUUUUGAGGUUUGUGAGGAGUGUCAUUAGCAGAAUCAAUUGCACUGUAGGAGCACGGGUUAUAUGAGGGGAAUUUAGGAUUGGAUUGGUUAGUGGGAGUUUUCUUUGUUGUUAUGGGACAAGUUAGUACAGUCACGAGUCAACUGUGGCACUCAUUUGAUGAUUGAACUUCCUCAGAAAUACUAGCCAUCACAGCAAGUGAUAACUUCUGCUCCAUGCUUCCGUACCAGGAGUCGAGUCCUCCCAAUGUCGGGGAGUUCGAUAUACUUUAAAGAGAAAGGAAAAUGCACCCGGACUUUACAUCAUCCAAUACAUAUAUAGCAGCUUCGACUGGGAAUCUGGAGAGUUCUUGCUCAAGCAGAAAGUUGCAAGUGACAUAAACAAUUUUGCUGAAAGAUGUAAAUUACAGUUAGCUAUACUCACUGAACUCUCUUGAGUUGAUUACUUAGCUGCAGAUUAAUGAAUAGUUGCUUUAUAGUGCUCGAGUAUGGUCAAUUUGUAUAAGAGAAAUGUUGUCAUUAAGAGUUAUACUUAAAUGCAGUCGAAAAUGUGAGAGGGGAGGGAAAACAAUCCUAACUUCAAUCAGUACUAUAAUUUUGGGUUAUAUGGUAAAAGAAAUUAAAAUACAAACCAAGGUUGAUUCUGAUGGUCCUUGGAUUUUUAUUUUUAUUUUUAUGGGCGGUCCUUGGAUUUCAAAUCCUAUAAAAUAGGUUAUGCAACAUAUAAACUGAAGGAUACAUAUAAAGUUUUUGGUUUCAGGUUUGCCUGUUUGAAAUUGGAAAAUACCAAGUGAUGGAGCAUGUCUGUUGAUGUUAGAAUUGAUGUUAUUCGCUUGGUAAGUGCUUAUCGAAUGCUUAUCAACUCUGCGAUUUAGAUUGUAUUGAGUUGGUUGAGGAUGCUAAAUGUAUAUUGGUCAUAUUUAUUUGAGAUUGUAGAGUAACCGAAAAUGGGUGACCCAUAUUUUUUUCACUACUACAAUUUCUUUGUAUACGCGUUGAAUGUUGUUUUUCUUUUCUAAAGAAGAUUGCUCAAAUUUUUCCAAAAAAGAAAAAAAAAAGAUUGCUCAAAUUUUACUACGACAAUGUGGGUGGGGAUUGAUUUGAUGUCUGAAAUAAAGAGUUUCAUCAAUUUCGCUUAUUCUAUAUUGCUUUUUAAUAUAUUAAACACAACUAUGAUGACCCUGCGGCGUACUUAGCAACGGGUAUUGAUACUAGUAUGUAACUAAAGGUCCAGAUCAUGCUUUUGCUCUGCUUCAUUCUACGUAGUUCAAACCGCACUCAAAGGUAGGGCAUUUCCCAUUUUUAUAGGAACUUCUCUACCAGAAAUAAUAGUAUCUCCAAUUACAGCACCUCUGGGAUGUAAAAUAUAUCUCUUCUCACCAUCCCCAUAGUGUAUGAGACAAAUGUAUGCAUUUUUAUUGGGGUCGUAUUCUAUGGUUAAGAUUCUACCAUAUAUGUCUUUUUUUCAUUCCGUCGAGAAUCGAUUUUACGGUAUAGACGCGCUUAUGACCUCCCCUCUAUGCCUUGCGCGGUAAUGGUUCCUCUGGCAUUCCCUGCUCUACAAACACAACCCCUCCUGAGAUCAAAGAAUAUAGAGAUUGCAGAUACUAAUUAUCAUGUCAUGGUACGUAAUACUCAGUUACAUCCAUUGUCACUCUCUAUCUAAUUUGUUGUAGCUUAUACUCCACUGCUAUCGCAGGAACCAAUGAAUAUUCAAUCUCUAAAUAGUAAAUAUCCAUGAUUUUGGAUUCUAAGAAAGAAAGAAACCUUGCAACUUCGAAUGGUACAUAUGUGGUUGUCUGGAAUAAACAUGUCACAGUUAAUUCUUAUAUAACAAUUAAAUCAGACAUGUCACGUGAAAAAUAUAAUACGUAACAUAAUGUUUAUACUCGUUACGUAAAAAAAAAUGUUCAUUUCGUAAGAUAAUUAACAUUGUCUCACAACUAUUAUUGAAAAACACUCACACAUUGGAAAGAUCACAACAUAUUCAAGUGUUUUCAUGCUCAUGAUGUGGUAGUCAUGAAAGCCUUUGCAAUGUUAAGUAUGGAUGAUGUAUGAUACCAAAUGUUGUAUUUUUUCCCCUUUUCAUUAAACAUGGAUAUGAGUCCAAAACGAGCAUGAGCAGAUAUGAUCUCCUUUCUUUUCUCCGAUCAUAAAGUCCCUAGACAGAUCUCUUUCAUAAUGUGUCCAAGCCUAGCAAUUUGAAAAUGGGCAGACAUGAUACAAUUCUUAUUUAUCAAUUGAAUAAACAUACAACAUAAGUCUUCCGUGAUAAAAGAUUGAAUAAAAAAAUCUUACAUUAUAACCAACUGUUGACCAUCUCAUCAAUUAACAUUUAUACAGAAGUUUUGUAAUGUGAGUUUGUCCUCAAAUACAUGUAAGGAGAUUCUUACUCAGCAAUCAGCACCUACCCAAUUAAAAUUUUCUUGGCCUCCCCGCAAAGCAAGGAAGCCCUAAUAAGUCUUUUGGCAUCUCAAUUUUCUGUGCAUGCUACUAUGGGACUAUGGGUUACUCACACAACUGGACAUAUCAAUUGGGCUUUCCAUUUCCUUUUCCACAGCCCACCAAAUUAUAACUUAUAAUUACAAAUCAACAUAAAUUAAUUCAUCAUUAGUUUACUUGGACAUAAACUUACGAUUUCUUUUACCAUUAUUAUACGUGUUAUACAUAUAGAAUAAAUAAACAGAAAAAUAAACACAAUUUUAUCAAGAAUUUCAAAUGCAUUUAACACUUAUACAUGUAUUAUAUGGAUAUUGAAUAUAGUUUCACUAAAUAUUUUCACGUUAACCAAUAUGCAUGCAAUUAUAUCGUAUAAAAAAAUGAAGUUCCAUAUGGUUUUCGAUUUAACAAUUCAAGAAUAUGAUCAUUUUUCAUUCGGUGAUAAACUUCUAUGUUUAGCUCGAGCAUAAAAGAAUUUGGUCUAAAAUUUAAUUUCUAAUAUCAUUGCUUUCUUCUCAAAGAAUGAUAAUUGUUCGACAAAAAAAAAAUGAUAAUUGCCUGCAAAUUUCGAAAACAUUUAUUAGCAAGUUUGAGCCUCGAGGGUUUUCAGAUUGUAAUAAGCGACUAAAUAUUUUUACACUUAGUUAUCAGACAACAAACAAUUACCGAUUAAAAUCACUUGGUUUUGUUAAAGUUCUAAGUUUCAAUUCGAGUAGAAGAGAUGUAUUGUGAAAAUAAAUCAAUGAAGCAGAAUUGUUGCUCAUCACAAUAAAUUGUUACUAAGGCUAUUAAUACUAUGCAUCUUAAAUUAUUUAAUUUUAAUUAUAACAAAUGAGAUCAAGCUCCUAUAGUCGAUUCAGGAAUAGUCUCACUAAAGCUUAUAUUGCUCUUCGAUCUAAAUAAUGAAUCUCAAUUAUUAGCAUUUUUCAUAUUUAAGAUCCAAAUUUAAUGAGGAUACUACCCAAUCAACUAACAUUUUUCACAUUUAUGAUCCAACUUGAGUUGUGAAUACUACCAAAUAUGAGUUUGUUGUCUUGGAUCAUCAAGAAUUCAGGAUUUCUGAGAAUUACUGUUGAAAAUCUAUUAAAAAAUAGUGGAAGAAUGAAUCGUCAAGUUGAAUCACAAAUUAACAAUUCCAUAACCAAAUUAACAAUUUUGAACAUAACUAUUGAUGGAAUAAAUGAAUCUCAAACAAAAUUUGCAACUAUAAUGAUGCAAAUUCUUUUGUUGUGAAGCACCUAUCAAUGAUGAAUAUAGUGGAGUUAAUGAUGAAGAUGGUUGAUGGUUAAGAGGUGAUACCGAUUAUUUUGAAACACCUAUAUGCUUAAUUUCAACAAGAAUCAACAUAGAUGGCUCUGAUUACGAUGUUGAUGAUUUUUAUGAUGGAUGCACAUUCUCUUCUCGAAGAAUUGAAUAAUUUAAAUUUCUUAAA